GUCAGUACGAAUCGCACCCCUAUCCCUUGCGUCUGUCCCAGUAAUAAUAACAAAAACCAUAACAAUAACCAAGAACGCAUUUCAAUAAGGCUUUCUGCUCCAUAAUCACGAUAGGCUACAGUUCCUUGGUUACCCUAACAGUCACAUCUACACUGGACAUAAACGAAGGGGAACAGGGUUGGCAGCUGUCUUAUGUGUGAAGGAAGAGGAAUGUGAGGAACUGUUGGCCACCAGGGCGCUCUGGGCUGUGUCUCCCUCUCAUCUCGUCAAUUUUGAUAUUUACCGCUGAACCGGGGGCGUUGAGUAGGCUACUCUUCCGUGAAACUGGGACAUUGAAACCUCUUGAGAUCAGUUUCGAUAGUUAUUCGACCGCGGACAAUGCAAAGACACGCGCAUUGACUGUAGUGGGAUUCAGUGAUGGCUUCGACGCAAAUGUUCUCCAAAGUCCGGAGCCGACUUUUCGGAAGUAUUAAGCUGUUUGAUGCGGCUUGUAGAUCGACUCGCCCGGCCACGUUACUUCACAAGAUUCCACAGCGGCAACCUCUUCUACUCCCUCGGCAUCAGGUCUUUUUCUGCAGUGCAGCGGCGCCCUCAAGUGAUGCGUCCUUGAAGUACCGGUAUGGCCGCCUGGUGCUGGAGGUGCCAUUGCCUUCGAGGAAAGAGAAAUGUCUAUUCUUCCUCAAGCCAAUGCUGAUGAGUGUAGGAGACCUCAUCGCUGAUCUGCAGAAGGAGGACCAUGGAAUACAGACCGCCUCCGUCUUCUCAAAGGACGGAGCGCGCGUGGCCAACACCACUCUGCUGGACGCGCUACUGGACAAGGACUUCCAGCUGGUAAUCAACGACGCGUCCUACCACGUGCAGACGCCUGCAUUAGGAGCCAACGGGGGCCGCCGCGAGCACGCCAUGGAGAUGGGGGACGUGAAGCACGUGGUGCACCUCCUGCACACGGCCCUGCACCUCCCCGACCACCACGUCCUGCAGGAGAGGCACCUGCUGGAGCGCCUGGACAGCCUCAAGCAGCAGCUGUCCCCCCUGGAGACGGUGAAGGCUGAACUGGCCCUCAAGGCCGAGUCCCAGUCCUCCAGGGCCCUGUGGGGGGGCAUGGCCCUGCUGUCGGUGCAGGGCGGGGCGCUGGCCUGGCUCACCUGGUGGGUGUACUCCUGGGACGUCAUGGAGCCCGUCACCUACUUCAUCACCUACGGCACCAGCCUGGGGAUCUUCGCCUAUUGCGUCCUCGCCAACCAGGAUUACAUUUACCCAGCUGCCAAAGACAGACAAUUCCUGAAUUACUUCUACAAAGGUGCCAAGAAGAGGAGCUUCAACGUCGAACAGUACAACGGCCUGAGGGAUGAGCUGACCCAGGUUCAGGAAGAUCUGAAACGUUUACAGAGUUCAACUCAACUUCAGCUGCCAAUCCAGCAGAUCCAACCCAAGCCAUAAAGAAUAAAAUCACUCACACGCAUACAGACACACUCGAGAUAUGAGAACACUCCUAUAUUUGUUCAGAUUUAUUUUGAUAAUGGUGCCUUUUACUACAACUGUAAAUCUUACUGUGUUUGUCACAAUCUCAAGGUGGUAAGUGUACCCAGAGACGAUCUGUCUGAGAAUAUUGGAAUAAAUACUUCAACGUCCCUACUCUUCUGUAGUCAUUUUGGGCAUUCGCAUACAAAAUUUGUUUAGUUAUUUUUGUUGAAUGCUAUACACAAUAAAUUGCUGAGUCAUC